AUGGAGGAGGAGAAGGAGAACUCAGAAGAGCAACUUACAGAACCUGAAUCAGAUUUACCAGAUGUCUUACUAGAAUUUCAACUUGAGAAGAAAGAAGCAGCAAUUAAUCAGGUUUUGCUUCAUUUGAAACAACUGGAAGAAAAGAACAAAGAAUAUCAUAAAAGAAAUGACCUUCUGAAGGAAGAACAGCGGGCACUGAUCAGGAGCAUGAUAAAACAAAUAGAAGAAAAGGAGAAAGAACAAGAUGAGAAGGAAUUAGUAACUAGGAAUGAUGUGGAAGAGUUACUGAAAGCAAACUGGGAGUAUGUGAAGGACAAAGAACAACUUCUAGAAGAUCUGCACUCACAAAUUGAAGAAGCUAAGGAAAGACUUGCAGUAAAGCAGCGUGAGAGAGAUUAUUGGUUGGAGUACAAAAAUGUAGGAAGUAAAACACAGGCUAACGAAAUUAUGAAUCUGGAACAAGAGAUUAAGGAAGUCAAAGAUGACCUUCAAAGAACUACAGAAUAUUACAGAAAUGCUUUGAAAGCAGUGAAAGAAGAAAAUGACAGUCUGGUUGACAAGAGCUUGACGUUAAUUAUUGAACAGGCCCUUAAGAAGGCUGUGGAAUACUUAGACAAAAGCAGUCGCAGAGAUAUUGAAGAGAAUGAACAGCUAAAAGAAGAGAUUAAGAUCUACCAAAAGGAAGUAAGUGAUUUGAAAGCUUCUAUUCAGCUCCUGGAAGAAGAAAAUACCUGUUUAGUGGCAAAACUGAUUGACAGCAAACUUCAGAAUCUGAGAGUGCCCAGUGACUUGUUUCUCACCGAGGCAGUUGGCUUGCCAGAAGAUUUUCCUAAGGAUGAAAUGAAAGUGGAAUGUGGAGAAUAUGCAGAAGCAAAGACAGAUGGAGAAGAGAACCUCAGAAGUGACACAGUUCCCUGUCAGGAAGAAGAAGCCUUUCCAAAGAUUGAGCCUAAAACAGGGAAUGAGAAGCCUCAAGACAGUGAUGAGGAGCUGUGGGAAAAGUCCUUCACUCCAACUCUGAAUCGCUUGUUGCUUGAAGAUGAUUUCCAGGAAUACUUAAAACUGCAUCCUCUGAAGAGUAAGGUAAUGUUUGUGGUUGGAACAGCCAUGCCUAUUCAUGAGAAACCAGAAGAAAUGCCAAGCACGAGCCACAGAGAAGAUGACAUUGUUGAUAAAUCAGACAGGCACAUCACAGCUCAGAUGAUCAAGAACUUAUCUAAAGAAAAGGUUGGUUUAAACUAG